GUUUAUUUCCUGUUAGCGACACGAAACUUGACAGACUUCACAUCUAUAAAUCAUGGUCCCCAGUUGAAAUUAAGAUCCCUAUAGUUAUAAUAAUUCAAUGGUAUAUAAAAUGUGGGCGAAUUUUAAUCAUAUAUAAUUUUAUUGUAAAAGUUCUUAACUAUGUAUGUCAUGGAGGUCUUGCCGCUGACUGAGACUGAAAGUGCAGGAAUGUAUAAUUAUAAUUAUAGUACUGAGUACUGUGUAGUCUUCUGUUUACUUGCUCGACCAUGACUAACCUAUCACUAGGGUAUGAGUUGACUUAAUUGUAGAUUAAACGUAAACUGGGUAUACCCACAAACUUAACACUACUACUAUCUAGACUAAUAUUACUAUUAAUGCUACUAUUAAACGUAAGUAACAGCAACCAAAUCUUUUGAGUCUUUCCUCUUUUUUGCGGCUACCAACUAGUUAUAGUAGUAUGCUAACUCUACUCAGCUGAGUACUCUAUCAAACGUAUUUUUAGUAUAUUAAUAUGGGGUACUGUAAAUGUAGGCUACUGAUAGUAUUUUUUAAAAGUUUUAUUUUAACUUUCUUUACUAAAUUAACCUCAAAAAUGUUUUUGAUAUUGGAUAUGACUAAAGAGAAGAUCAUUAGUCAUUAGACCAUCUUUAUAACAAACUUCUCAUCGACAUCCCGUCAUAGCUCAGAGUUAAAGUGAUUUAUUAUUUUUAAACAGUUGUGAUUUACUAUUACACCUUUCAUUACCGCUGGUUUUGGGCAUCAAUUUUUGCUGACUCGGCAAUUAAAAACUUAAAGACGAAACUUUCUGUAUUUGUUCAUUCUCUAUCCGAUUGGCUUAUUAACUUCUCUAUAAAUUAACGAAUAAAGAAAUAUAUAGCAUUGAAAUAUGACGUCGAUGUGGCAUCCUUGGUAUUUUAGAAAAGUUCUUUGUUACGACGACAAUGUGGCUUCCUUGGUAAUUGAAAGUGGGUGAUCGUGAUGUCACGUUGACGUCAGCGGUAAUGAACUGGUUAAAGUAAAUCUAUCUCAGCUUACCAACACCUCAUUCACCAUGUAAAAGUUAAGCACCAGACUCAGACACCAAUCACCAAGCCAAACAGAAAUUGCUUUGACUUUGAUUAAUUUAUUUUCUAGAAUUGAGUUGACUUUAUGUUUUUACUAGGUGGAGGGCGGAGAGACAUAAGAUUUUUUUAGGUAAUAAUGUUCGGCAUGAGUUAAAAAAAAAUAGAAAGAAACAUUAGUCUGAGGUCAUAAACAAGACACAACAAAUCAGUUGUCAGCAUUUGUAGAUUUAGGCCUAAUAAAUUUAACUAUAAAAAAAUGUAAUCAUUAUUUAUUGUUAAUAAUGUUAAUCAUAUUUCUUUUCUUUUUUUAAAUAUCAAAAGAACAAAUUAUAUAGGAGGCUAAAUCAACAAAUCAUAGAAAAAAUGUUGCCAAAUCAACUGUUUUUAAUUUAUUUUAUUUAUAGAGUAUAUCAAUUUGUAUGGCGCUGGUAUAGUGCUGCAGUUAUGCUGUAACUGUAGCCUACAGUCAAUUACCUGGGACCCUGGUUAGUAACUUACAUAAUUUUGAGAAUGUCAUUAUCCUCAUCACUUUCUUAUAUCUGUUAUCUGUUGUGUUUCUAUGCAAGUUUAUUCCAAAGCCUUAAAUUCUUGAUUUUAAUUUGGAAGAUUGUAGUCUAUCAUCUAUGUAACCAACCAAUAAGCAAAUUUGUCAUUAGCUGGUGUGGUAUCCCAAUUCCAUAACAUAAUACUAUCUAUUUCAUUGAUUUAUUAUUGCCCUUGGAUUAAUGUCCCAAAUCCAUUGCUGCCACAAUAUAUAUAAGAAUGAGCUAUACUGACGUAACUCCAAAGAGCAGAGAAGAUUUAAGUACGUUCGGAUUCCUAAAAACAAUCAUACUUAUUUUCUAUUAUUUUACGGAAAUCAAAUAAAUUUAAAUGUGCAAAAAAUAUUUUAAAUCUGCUUUUAUUUUAUUAAAAGUUAUAGUUAUAUUAUUAUAAAUUAAAAAUACAUGUAAAAAGUAUCAACUAAGGAAUUAUUUUAAGCAUUUUAUAAGUGUCUGAAAGUUAUGAAAAAAUAACAAAAUCGUGAUCAAAGAAUUACACCAUAAUCACAUUUAUCGGGUAACCCAAGCAUCAGUCGUUUUUAGUGCGUCUUUUAGUAUGUUGUUAAUAUUGCGAAAUAUUACAUAUUUUGUUAAAAUUAAUUUGUUCUAAAUAAUCACGCAAAUGAUGUCAUAUUGCGAAUAGCCUAUUUCACCUAUUUUAGGUUUCUCUAAAUUUAAUAACCUCGCGUGACAAAACUGAUAAUGUGUUUUCCCUUCUUAAAAGUAAAAUUAGUAAAUAAAUUGUUAAUAAAACACACACACAUUUUUGCUUUGUAUAUUUUUACAUUCAAAAAGUUUAGCCGUUUUUUAUUCCAAAAAUAUACCAAAAAUAUACUUUAAUUAAAUUUAUAACGUAAUAAAAACUAACCUUUAAAUAUAAUUCUAGUAAGAAAAUGCGGUUUAAGUCAAUCAGUGCAGUGCAAAUCCAUAGCUAAAUAGCAUUCACUAAUCCACUUAUACCUUAUACAAAUAAGAACGAACCAUAUAAAGUGCAAAAUAUGUUAGUUUGGGUAUGGAAGAGACUACAAUCGGUGGAAGAUUUUCUAAAUUUAUUUAAAUCUGGGUGGGGGAGGGGUUGGUCACUUUGCCCCAGGCAGCACAAGAUACGCCUCAAAAUAAAGGAAUGAAUUUGAUAAAUAAUUAACCUUCUUGGGUACAUUCAUAUCGGAGGUAGGAAAUAGGAUGUGUACAUUUUUACUUGGAUGACAAUAUAUUUAAAUCAUAUGGUAUUACAUUUGUGAAAAAAGAGAUGUUGCAUUCUCUUUUUUACAAAUAUGUGUAUGUUCAUUUUGCCCAAGGCAGCACAAGAUAGUCUCAAAAUAAAGGAAUGAAUUUGAUAAAUGAUUAAUUUUCUUGGGUAAAUACAUUUUGGAGGUAGGAAAUAAGAUGUGUAAAUUCUUACGUGGACGACAACAGAGUUAACUCCUAUGGUAUUACAUUUGUGAAAAAAUAAGAUAUUACAUUCUCUUUUUACAAAUAUUGGUAUGUUCAUUUUGCCCACGGCAAUACAAGAUACGUCCCAAAAUAAAGGAGUUAAUUUGAUUAAUAAUUAACCUUCUUGGGUACCGGUACAUACAUAUCAGAGAUAGGAAAAAAGAUGUGUACAUUUUUACGUGGAUGACAAUAUAUUUAAAUCCUAUGGUAUUACAUUUGUGAAAAAAGAAAUGUUAAAUUCUCUUUUUACAAAUAAACAUAUGUUUACCAAUUAAGAAAAUCAAUGGCGUUAACAAAUCUUGGGUACAUUUAUAUAAGUAUAUUCGUGAAUAUCAAAACCCAAUCAUUUUAAACACUUGAAAAUUAAAUUUUAAGAUGGGUUAAUAUUUUCUUUUUGAAAAAAAUGAAAAUAUAUUUUUGUUGUUACUUUGAAAAAAGUAAAGAGGUGUGUAUUUUUAUGAGAUUAACAAUUUAAUUUUUUUAAAAGACAGUCAAAUCUGAUAUAGGCAUGAAAAACAGUUACGAGAUUCUUCUUAGAUAUAAGAAUUCUUUGUUUUACGAUUUUCUGAUAAUGUAUAAUUUUUUAAAAAAGGCAAAUAUGUGUUUACAUUUUUUAUGAAGAUAUCAAUUAUUUGUUCUAGUGUGGUUUAGCAUAAUCUGCUAUAGUCCAGAUUUUAGUAGAGUUUCUAUCUGUUAUAUGGUUAGGUGAAUGUAAUAAUACAUAACACUUAUAUACUAACUGCAAUUCCAAUGUUAAAAUUUAAAUCUAAAUAUGGAACAUUAUUAACUUUUCACAUUAUAAAUAUACUUUUCAGUACUAGUUUGCUACCACUGCGGCUUACCUAGAAAAGAUGGGGGCUGAGAACAGCGUUUUGGAAGGUUGUCUUUGGGGCGAUGCCAUAGAUUGUCCGCCUAAAUUUCCUUGGCAGUUAUCACCAGUUACAAAGCCAGAUGGGACAGAAGCAACUGUAUUUGAACCAAACAUCCCAGAUGGGAAAGAUUCUGACUUGCUGAAAAAAUGUGCAUUGGUUAGAUAUUUAUAGUUAAUAGCUAAUACAUAUUGACAGAUCAUACUUAUGUGGUGUAAAUCUUUAAUAUAAUCAUUAUCCUGCUUACUAUUCAUGAGAGUGAGAUUAUUUUUGACGGGAAGCCUUAUGAAUUCGAAAGUUUGUUGCAUUAAUCCAGUGGUUCUUAACCUGGGUUCGAUCGAACCCUAGGGGUUUGGUGAGUCAGUCUCAGGGGUUCGGCGGAUGUCCAAAAAAAAUCAGAAAAAAAAUAAUAAUAUUUUCCCUAAUCAGAAGGGUUCGGUGAAUGCGCAUAUGAAACUGGUGGGGUUCAGUAUCUCUUACAAGGUUAAGAACCACUGCAUUAAUCAUUAAAUCUAAUUUAUAUUUUUAUCUCUAACUGUAUUGCUACUUACAAAAUAGAAUAUUUAAAUACUUAUUCAAUAUGCAAUAUUGAUAAUAAAUGAAUUAAAACUAUUCUUUUUUUAUAAACUCCAGUUAUAAACAGUUUUUUUUUAAUUUGAUUGGCAGAUCCUAAAAACUUUAAGGCACCCCAAUAUAGUUCGCUUCAUUGGCUACAGCGAAUCCAGUGAUCGUGUAUGGUUGGCAACUGAAUCUGUUGUGCCUCUUGUCACUGCUGUUCCUGAAAUGUCCCCUGAGGAGUUAUGUGUAGGUCUCUGUGAUAUACUGCACGGAUUAGAUUUCUUGCAUUCUAAGGUACACUGGCUUGUGCUCUGUCCAUUUUACAGUUUUGAAGUCACCCAAUAAGAGGAGAGAUUAUAGAAUUUUUAGGAUAAGACCUACUAUUAUACCCUAAAAGUUCAAUUUGGCAUUUUUAAAUUUGUUUUAAUUAUUUGGUUUCAGUCUUUUGAAAAAUGACUUAAGUGUUAAGUUUAUUAUAAUAUCAUUUGAACAACUAUUAUAGUUAUAAAAAAACUGGAAGAAAUCUGAUGAUCAAGGUCAGUAAAGAAAACACAUUUAUUUUUUACAAUUUGUUAAGGAAUAAAAGAUAGAAAAAGAUUUGAAAGACAAAACAAAUGAUGCAGAAUUCAAAUCGUAUUAAGCGUUUAAAUAUUUUUAAUGGCGAAUUUAACUUAAUGUGUGUGCUGUUAACCUAUUUUUUUUAAAUACUGUGUUUGUUUAUUGAUCAGCUGGGUAUGAACCACAACAAUCUGUGCUUGUCCUCCAUUUAUGUCAGUCCUGAUGGCACAUGGAAGUUGGGGGGACUGGAGCAUGCCUGCAAGUUUACUGAUGCAACUCAAGAGUACCUUGAGAAAUGUCGAGCAUUUCGACAUGAGGAUUCUCUUUCUCCUGAAGAGAAGGUAACUUUAAAGAGACCUGCAAGCCAAAACAUAUUUCCAAUUUAUUUCAGAGAGUUGCGGAUUUUUUUUUUUUUACAGUAAUAGUUAUAAUCAUGUUCUAUAGUUGUUUCAAUUUAUAAGAGAAUGAUAUAAAUUCUUUGUAAUUGCAUGCUAAUGUUGUUUUUUUUAAUUUUAAAAUUAAUAUGAGAAGAUAAGUAAGUAUUGUGUAAAUAAUCAAAAAUGAUAAGAUACAAAAUCAACAUCAAACGUUAUUUAUUUACCUAAGAUAAGAACUUUUUCCUUAACUGAAGUUACCAUUGAAAGGUCUUUUAUUAUUCCAUUCCCAGACUGGCAAUGUCAGAAUAGAUGGAGCUUUGGGCCAUGCCAGAGAUAUAUUUGCCUUUGGAGCUUUAGUAGAUUCAUUGCUAGAUCUGGUGAAAGAAAAAAGUAUGUACAGUUGGUUAUAAUAAUUUUAUUUGCAUUUAUUGUACCAUAUAUAUUAUUUUAAAUUACAUCCACAUUGAUUCAGUCUGAUAAGACGUGGCAAUGGUUACCUCAUGGUACUGUAAGACACACACUUCUGCUGACUAUGGAGGUCAGCACGAGUCAGUCUUGUCGGAUUGGCUGCCUGAGAACAUGAUUAUUAUGCAAGUUCAGCUACCGUGAUGAACGGUUGUAUUUUGCACAUGACAUUAAGCAAUUAUGUAAGCGUCAAUAAAGUUAUUCCAAGUAAAGAUAUUCCAAGUAGUUUUGACUUGGUUCUUUGAGUACAGUGUAAGUGAACGGAACACCAAAAGGAUUCUUCAUGCACAAGGACGCCUGAAACAACUUCACUACAGUGUCUAAAUUUUGAAUGAAGUACUUUUUUUCCAAACGCAUUUUGUAAAGGCAUUAAUUUUUUUUUUAUUUGAUAAUGCCAUAGGAUAGAAAUGUCCUCAGGUUUGUUUUACCUCAGCUCAUUGUUAAUGAAUUUCUCAAGUAAAAAGUAAUUUUUUGCCGUUCCCAACCAGAUGAUAUAAUUAAGACAUUAGACCAGCAGAUGUCAGUUUGUUCUAGUGCUGAUCCUGCCUCAAGACCAAAAGUCACAACUCUGCUUGGGAUGACUGCACUGAAGUAAGAUCUUUUGAUUCAUAGAUUGUAAAUGGUGGAUUAACUUGUUGUCUGUAUUACUUUAUAUGAUUUUUUUUGUUAUUCAAUGGUAGUUUUAAAAAAGUCAUAUGCCAUAUUUCUGUGUGGAAAAAAAAUAUUCCAGGAAGCAAAAUACUUGCAUCAGUGAUUACCAUAUUUUCCCAUAUAUAAGAUGCGUCUUAUACAAAGUUUUACAUACCCCGCACCCAGGUGCAUCUUAUGUAUGGGUGUGUCUUAUAAUAAGGUGACAGGUUGGAGGCGGUCCAGCGACGAGCAGCACGCUUUGUCCUAAACCGCUACAGGAAUACCUCAAGUGUUGGCAGCAUGCUAGAAACACUAGGCUGGUCACCAUUGGAGAAACGACGACGACAAUCCAGGCUCUCCAUGAUGUACAAGAUAAAUAAUGGGCUGGUCCACUGUUCCAGUAUUAAACAGAAACUCGUACCUCUCCCCCAUAGACAGCGACGAGGCAAAUCAGGGACUGGAACAAUCUUUCAAAAGGAACGGUUGAGGCGACAACACUAGACACAUUUGUGUCUAUUGCCUCAAGCCUUCAAACCCCUAGUGCAUGAUUCCCUCACAAAGUGGCACUGGAAAUCUGUGAAAUUUCCUCAUCAACACCAGGAACAGAAACAUUGCAAAUCCCAUCUACAUGCAUAGGAGCCAAAAUGAUCAAAAAAUUGAUCGUGGGCCCUUAAGAUAUAGAAGAAGAAGAAGGUGUCUUAUAGUUAUAUGCGGGGAAAUAAUGUACAUCUGGCGUUUAUUGUUUCAAGAAUCUAGAUAUAGGUACUCAACCCAUCCGCUAUUUGGCCCGGCAGCAGAUAAGAAUAAACAAUAAUCAUUGAGGUCCUGCCUCAAACAAUUCUUUGAUCUACUGGUAAACUAAAAAUGGUAAUGAAGACUUGUUUACAUCCAACAUUGGACAAAUUUUCAUUUAUGAUGAAGGAAAGGAAACCACUGAAUAUAAAUUGCUCAGUGUGGCAGAUGGCUUGGCAGCUUGGGACUUCUGUAAUUUUUAUGUACACAAAUCGCCAACACCUGGAUCUUAUAUACAGGUGCAGCUCAUAUAUGGGUGCCUCUUAAGUAAAAUAUUUUUUUACACAAAUCAUCAAAACCUGCGCCUUAUAUACGGGUGAGUCCUAUAUGAACGAAAAUACAGUAAUUAUUUUUAAAUUUGACUUAAGAUUAUAAACUUUCAAAAAGAUCAGGGGCUUUAUGAAUUGCUUUGAUCAUAAAAUUAUUGUUUAUUUCAAUCCACCCAGGCUUUCCUAAUCUAAUAAUUGUUUUAUCAUUCACAGAUCAGAUCUACUUGAAAUACUCAGUUACCUCAAGAACAUAGCUAUCAAAUCUGAUACAGAGAAAAGGGAGUUUUUUAGGUACUUUAUUGUGUCCCUGUAUAGAUCUUGGUCCUCCUGACAAUCCAGCAUGAUUUUCAAACAUGAUUUUUGAUCUGAUAUUUUAGUUCACAUAAUAUAUUUAACCAUUUAUUUCACUUGAAAUAUUUGUUUUGUAAUGUGAAUGUCUACUUCUUGGUCACUGCAGUCACCUUGUAGAGAGGCUACGUAAGAUACCUGAGACAGUCUUGGCAAGAAGGCUUGUUGUUCCACUUCUGGCUAGAUUUGUCCUGCUGAAUGAGUGGGCUGAUAAACUUGUGUUGCCAUACUUACUGAGGCCAAAGAGGGGUAAGUUACUUAAUGCAAAGCUUUAAAAAAAAAAAAAUUCAAGUUAUGGAUUUAUAAUGAUUUUCUUCAAGAACACUGUUGACAACAGUUAUUUAUUUUUUAAAAAAUAUUUUAGACAUUUUUUUAAAAAGUAUCAUCAUUGUAUAAGUACCCAUGACCUAAUACUUGUUGAUGGAUUAUUUCAAGUCAACAGUUUGACAUAGAAUUUAUCUUCCUUUUGAUUUAUAAUUAAAACAUUGUGCAUCCAGAUUCUACAGGAACAAAUUCUUCAGCAAUCCAGGGCCUUUUAGAUGAGUCACUCUACAAACAGUACGUCAUCAAUCAUUUGUUCAACAUUUUCCAUGUUCAUGACAGCCACAUACGUUUGGUUCUUCUAGAGCAUUUCUCACAUUACGUGCAAUUAUUCACAAGGGCACAGCUGGAGGAUGACAUAUUUAUUCAGGUGGAGAAAAAAACUUAAUUUGUUAUGUUUUAAUUGACACACCAUUAGUUUGUUAUGUUUUAAUUGACACAUCAUCAGUUUGUUAUUUUUUAAUUGGCACACCAUUAGUUUUUUUUAUGUUUUAAUUGACACAUCAUCAGUUUGUUAUGUUUUAAUUGACACACCAUCAGUUUGUUAUGUUUUAAUUGACACAUCAUCAGUUUGUUAUUUUUUAAUUGGCACACCAUUAGUUUUUUUUAUGUUUUAAUUGACACACCAUCAAUUUGUUAUGUUUUAAUUUGCACACCAUCAGUUUUUUUAUGUUUUAAUUGACACACCAUCAAUUUGUUAUGUUUUAAUUUGCACACCAUCAGUUUGUUAUGUUUUAAUUGACACACCAUCAGUUUGUUAUGUUUUAAUUGACACACCAUCAGUUUGUUAUGUUUUAAUUGACACACCAUCAGUUUGUUAUGUUUUAAUUGACACACCAUCAGUUUGUUAUGUUUUAAUUUGCACACCAUCAGUUUGUUAUGUUUUAAUUUGCACACCAUCAGUUUGUUAUGUUUUAAUUGACACACCAUCAGUUUGUUAUGUUUUAAUUGACACACCAUCAGUUUGUUAUGUUUUAAUUGACACACCAUCAGUUUGUUAUGUUUUAAUUGACACACCAUCAGUUUGUUAUGUUUUAAUUGACACACCAUUAGUUUGUUAUGUUUUAAUUGACACACCAUCUGUUUGUUAUGUUUUAAUUGACACACCAUUAGUUUGUUAUGUUUUAAUUGACACACCAUCAGUUUGUUAUGUUUUAAUUUGCACACCAUCAGUUUGUUAUGUUUUAAUUGACACACCAUCAGUUUGUUAUGUUUUAAUUGACACACCAUCAGUUUGUUAUGUUUUAAUUUGCACACCAUCAGUUUGUUAUGUUUUAAUUGACACACCAUUAGUUUUUUUUAUGUUUUAAUUGACACACCAUCAGUUUGUUAUGUUUUAAUUGACACACCAUCAAUUUGUUAUGUUUUAAUUUGCACACCAUCAGUUUUUUUAUGUUUUAAUUGACACACCAUCAAUUUGUUAUGUUUUAAUUGACACCCCAUCAGUUUGUUAUGUUUUAACUGACACGUUAACACCAUCAGUUUGUUAUGUUUUAAUUGACACACCAUCAGUUUGUUAUGUUUUAAUUGACACAUCAUCAGUUUGUUAUUUUUUAAUUGGCACACCAUUAGUUUUUUUAUGUUUUAAUUGACACACCAUCAAUUUGUUAUGUUUUAAUUGGCACACCAUCAGUUUUUUUAUGUUUUAAUUGACACACCAUCAGUUUUUUUAUGUUUUAAUUGACACCCCAUCAGUUUGUUAUGUUUUAACUGACACGUUAACACCAUCAGUUUGUUAUGUUUUAAUUGGCACACCAUCUGUUUGUUAUGUUUUAAUUGGCACAUGAAGGGAUUUUUAUAAAAGGUGGCCAUUGGCUUGAAGUGAACUGGUGAGAUCAUCGUUACUAAAUUUAAACCAUAAAUGAAAAUGUGAUACAGUUAUCUGAACUUUUUAUUUAUUAAAGCAAAGUCUAUUCUGUUAAAUCAUUUAUUUAUUAAGGCAACUGUCUAUUCUAUUACAUCAUUUGAACCUUUUAUUAAGGCAAAGGCACAAGUUGCCGUUAAUAGCUUUGAGGUAAGAGGCUAUGGUGCAAGUCUCUGGCCGAUGAUUUUAACUACGCAGCCCAGAGAAAGCUGCUGCAAGGCAACCAUUUCAUCCCAGCUACUUUGCAAAUUUGUUGUGUGGUGGAAACCCAAUGUAGGAAACCCUCUUAAAGGGCCUCCAACACUUCCCCGGGAUGGGUGGGGGAAGAUAUUAGGAUGUAAAUCUACCAUCCCGACCCCCUGGGAGAGUCGGCUGAAAAUACUUUCAACUCUGCAUUUUCGGUUGACCGGACAUCCCCAGGCGGGGAAAGCUUCCAUUCGCUAGUCCUUUGAUCGUCUUCAAGUGGGGGUGGGGGUUCCAGGCCAUGGGAGGCUGUGCACACCAGCUGGGAGGCUGCCCCUUACAGCUCUCUAGGUAGCUUCUUCAAUUUUUGGGUAAGGUUUCCUAGCCAUUGUGGAUCCCCCCCACUUCCUACAAGGCGGUAGGUUCUGAUAUUUGGUACGUCCUGUGUAUUUUAUUUCCCCGGUACCCUCCUUAUCUGGUGGGCUUUCCCAUAUCCACCACCGGGGGAGGCGGUUGAUGGUAGAUCAGUAUUUCCGCUCGAGUGACAAAAUUAAACCCUCAUUAAUAUGUUUUAUCCUUCGUGCCACAAAAUCUUUAGUCAUGCAUUAUAUUAACUUAUUUGUCAACUAGAUUCUGCUGGGCGUGAGGGACACAGAUGACAGGAUUGUGGCAGCCAGCCUGAGAGCCCUGGCUGACCUUGUCGCUGUUCUAGGCGGGGACUUUGUCAUCGGGGGAAGUAGAAAGUCAUUUUUUUUCCAUGGGUUACCUAAGGUUGGUCAUUUAUCCUGUAAGUCUGGUAACAAUAUUAUUCUCAUAAUUGAAAGUUAACCUUGAAAAACAUAGUUUCUCUUUCUUAUUGCUUUUUUAAAAUUAUAAUUUUAUCCUUCCCCUUGUGUUAGUUUGGUGUUAGGUAAACUGGUUAGGUCAAGUGAAAUUAAGUCCUAGAAGAAAUUUUCAAUAAAUAUGGAUCAGUCAUAGGCACUAAUUUAAAGAAAAGACAUAUUGGUGAAAAUUCUAUAACUACUCUCUUUCAGUUGCUCAUUCUCAGUAACUUUCUAACAUUGGCAGGGUAUUGCCUCUGAAUACUUAAAACUGCUUUUUAAUCUUCAUUUUUACUUUUGCGAGAGUCGAUUUAGGUACAAAGAAACAACAACAACAAAAAACAAUUUUUAUUAAAAAUGUCCUGUAUAGAAAAAUUGAAUGAGAAAAUAAGAAAAUUGUAGAACAAUGUUGGUUCACUUGAUAAGAGAACACUAAAUUGUCCCCGCCACUGACAGAGUACAAGGAGUAGGGUUACUAGACACACUCAGGCCUCUGCUGCUCCCCCCACACUCUAUUUUUGUUCAUUAAAACAUUAUUUUCCUAGCAGUUUGUCUUCUUUCCUUUUCUACUCAUUCUUGAAAUUAUAUUAAUAAUAAAUUAUUUUAUGCGGGCUAAUGUCCUAUCUUUUCUCUCAAAUGAAUGUUAGAAUAAUAAUAUCUUAAUUAAUAUUCUAUAAUCAUAAGUUUAUCUCACUACACAAGGGCAUCAUCAGUUUUUGUUUAAAACCCUUGUUAGAAGAUGUGAACAUUUUUCUUCAGAAAAUAACAGCACAAGACAUGGUUAAGAUGGAGAUACCCCAGAACAUGUCCUCAGCACUGUCUCAUCACAAACCUCUGUUAAAAGAUCUAGCCUAUGGGAGGUAACUAAGAUUAAGUUAGAUUUUUAGAUUCUUGAACCAGGACGAAGCUUAAAUAGGGUGAACGGGCUUGUCGUCUCAGCUGUUUUCAGUUUACAAGAGGUAGAUCUUAUUUAAAUUUUUUAAAAAAUUUUGGGAUCAAUUCAGCUUUCUAAGUUUUUCUAUUGAAUGUGUUUUUCAAAAUAGGUUAAAACUUAUUUGUAUUAUUCAGCAGAACUUUACCUGCAGGAAAGGACUCGCUGUCUGUUGAAAAAGAGAGGAGGAUGAAAGAAAAAGAGCAACGAAGAGAGGAGGCAAAGUUAAAGAGGGAGGAAAGGAAGAAGAAAUUGAAAGAUAAAACCAAAGAAGUAGCAGAAGGUGAAAAACAGUGCAUUGAAUCUUUAUAUAUAGUUAAAGUUUCUGCUAUUUAGGAUGUAGAAAUGGGCUUUCAGAAUUUUCUCUCGUGUUGCUACAGAUUUAUUAUACAGUCCAUAUAUUGGGCAAUGAAAAAAGAAGUCUUGAGUAAAAAAAAAAAUUGAACUUCUGCAAUAUAGUUUUGGCACCUCUUUAUUUUUCUACACAUUUAGAUGAAGUUAUCUUCAAUACUUGAUCUAAUAUUAUUUAUUUUAUUUUUGGUAUUUGUUUUUUAAAAUAAAUAUAUAAAAUAAAUUGUUUAGUUAUUUAUGUUAACGGCAAUAAAAACAUGCAGAGAUGACAAUAAUUGAUUCAGUAUAGUCGAUGGAAUUAUAGAAAAUGUAAGCAUACUGGAAAAUGUCUGGGGUUUAAAAUCAUUAUUCUAAAAGAAUAGCUUUAAAAAUUUUGACACAAACCUUACUGUGAAUUGGCAAAGGUCUUGUUUUUUUUUUAAUGCUAAAUCAUCUUUGUAUUGAUUUGUACCUUUCAGACCAACUGACAGCUCCAGGCCUUACCAUUGAAGAAGUAGCCCAUCUUGACCAGGAGGAAAAUUUAUCCACUAAAUCCAAGAAACCUGAGAGUGACAGUGAGAAAAGUGAAGCUGAUCCUCCUGAAGAUAAAAAUGGUUUGAUUGAUGUUGAUGACGUACAAGAGAAAGAUUCUUCAGAGUGGUCCGACUGGGAAGACCCCGAGCGCCGCAUCAGUGCGGAGAUAGAAGCAGAACUUGAGAGCAUGACCAGUAAUACAGAGGGAGAUGCCAAGCUGCAGACAUCUCCCAGUCCUUACAGGAGUCAGUCCCCUCCUUCACCCCCUCCCAUGAAAAUAGACUGGUCGGACGUGCCUGAAGCUGACAGAAUGAUUGACCCCUGGAAUCCCUCAAAAGCUGCCGGGAAAACCAACCAAAAUGGUCCACUGACUCUUUUCAAUAAACCUAGACCAACCAGCGGGUCUGAGGUGAAGGCUGAAAAAAAUGGAGAUACGGCGAAGGCAGAUUCGGAAGAUUGGGGCAGUGAGACAUGGGAAGUAGAUGUCAGCUCUAAAACUUUAACUUCACCACUGCCCCAUACAGGCCUGCAACAACCAGUGCCCUCAAAAGGUAAUAGUCUGAAACUCACAACAACUUCAACGGCUGUGAAAGCCCAGGUGAAAAAACCUGACCCCAAAAAAGUCAGUGACGACCUGGGGAUGGGCCUGGACAUCAAGAGUAUAGAAAUAAAAGCCAAGCCGCUGAGCCCAGAGCUGGAUUUUUUUGCAGACAUGGCACCAAGUAUAUCUCAAUCAAAAUCUAAAGACUUUUUAGAUUUGUUGGAACAGGAGAGUAGCCGGCAGGCGUUGUCAGCAACAGCCCCAAGUGUCGGUGGUGACACCAGUGGAAAGGAAAUUCUCAAUGGGAAAAUCAGUGAAAAGGAUUCCGACGCCAAGAAAAAUAACACACUGUUUGCUGUGAUGCCUGCUACAGAAGAU